AAUUAUCAAUUCCCAAAUUAAAAACCCGGCUAUCAACGGAUACUUGGUCAAAAAGGCAAAUUUUUGUUGGGCUCCCUCCCUGUUCUCUUGGAGAGGAGAAAAAAGAGUGAGACAGUGAGUGAGCUGUGAGCUAGCCAAUAGCCAAUAGCUAACAAGCAAUAAAUAGCUAACAGUUAACGGCUAAUGGCCAAAAGCUAUAGCACUAUAGCACUACAGCACUAGAGUGGGCAGGCAAUCCGAUAGGAAGCGAGUUGAAGACGGACGGAGAAGCUAUCAUUACAAGGUCAUCAUCAUGGCCCGAAGUUUUCAACUUGGCACGAUCACGGUCAGGCUAAUGUCGAGCUGACUGACUGGCUGACUGACUGACUGACUUAUGAACUACCGAGUGAUUGAUUGACUGACUUCGUGUUUGGCCGCACCACACUGCCUGUCCCCUUGAGAGUCGAGCUCUUGCUCCGGCCUCAAAUCAUCAAAGCUUGGCCACUUCUUAGUAGCCAAACUUCUCUCUCCUCUAUCUCCAUGUUGAAGAUUCUCUUGUUGUACGUAGUAGUGCUCUCGUUUUACGGACGUGGGUCCAAUCAAUGAAUGCAUCCACUACCGACCGAUCUAGUUUGAUUUGUCUGACCGUCUGUCUAUGUGCCCGCCCCGGAUCGUACCAUUCUAGAACGGGUGAGACUCGUGUGUGACGGCGGAUUCUCAGCGAUAUCUAUAGUGGAUCGUCGUAGUCCAGAGUACUGACUGGCAUUGGCUGGGAUUGGCUGGGAUCCGUCCUAUCAAGCACGUUACUCGCGUCCUCUGGGUUUGCUCCAGGUUUCCUUUGCCCAUUGGGUGGUUGGGAGUGGGGAUGGGGCGCUGGAAUCACUCUGUUUGAUGCGCAAUUGGUGCUCGUCAAGCCUAGAUCCAUCCCCAGGUCCGCGGAUUGGGCCAUGAACCAGGACGGAGAACAUCGCCGCGAGAGCCAUUUGAUGGACGAGUGUCGCACUAAAUUGGGAGUCUUAACUUGCUUGGAGGCGCCUGCCUCUCGAAGCAGUACCAUAGGCAGUCCCUUGGGCAGUCCCAUUGGGCCUAGGGGUGUGACAGGCAUGGCAGGCACACCAGGUGGUCUGGGGACUGGCAGUGGGAGCGGCAGUGGAUCUGCCACCGGGGUGGGGGGCCCAACGGGCGCCAGUGUUGGGGCCGCUGGUGGAGGGAGCGGCUAUCCCAUCCACCGAUCCGACAUACCUGAAUAUUCAAGUCCUUGUUCCCCGGGGCCUGAGCGUUGGGGGGAAUUCCGUAACACUCAUCGGACUCGACCCACGUUAAGUAUGAGUUCGGUGGCGGGAACCGGUCUUGGAAGCAGUCCUGUCGUGUGUGGUUCGUACACCCCAGCCACCUCAACUCCAACGUUUUCGUCUUCGUCUAUUCGUUCUUCCGUCAGUAGCCUUUCCAAGCCGAAUGCCAUCAAGUUCUCGACGACCAUCGGACAACGGCGACCCCCUUCGUCUCUCACAUUCAUAAGCACCCCAUCCCCUGGUGAAAAGAAUCUAUUUUCAUCGGGUCACUUGCCAGAAGCUUCCGUGAUAGAACAGGAGAGAAAACUGAAAGAGAUCAUGAGUCAGACAGGCAUCCUUUGCGUCAAACAUCAGCGAGUCCCAACCAAACUCGAUGACCUGGAGUUAGUUGGUGAUCUGGGCAAUGGCACCUGCGGGCAUGUUGUGAAAAUGCGCCAUAAACCUUCGGGCCAAAUCCUCGCUGUCAAACAAAUGCGCAGAACUGGCAACAGCGAUGAAAAUAAGCGCAUCAUCAUGGAUUUAGAUGUGGUUCUGAAAUCAAAUGAUUGCGAACAAAUAGUGCUAUGUUUGGGCUGUUUCAUUACGGAUUCAGAGGUUUGGAUUUGCAUGGAGCUCAUGUCGACCUGCUUUGACAAACUCAUCAAACAGUUCCGUCAACCUAUUCCAGAACCCAUUUGUGGGAAAGUGGCAGUUUCUACUCUGAAAGCUUUGAAUUAUUUGAAAGAAACGCACCGAGUUAUCCACCGUGAUGUAAAACCAUCUAAUAUUCUACUUGAUUCCAAUGGUCGAAUCAAGUUGUGUGAUUUUGGGAUCUCCGGACGUUUGGUAGACUCCAAAGCCAAAACCCGGAGCGCGGGUUGCGCUGCAUAUAUGGCUCCUGAGAGGAUCAAUCCUCCUAAUCCUAGUAAACCAGAUUAUGAUAUUCGGGCAGACGUGUGGAGCCUUGGUAUUACGCUCGUCGAAUUGGCGACAGGACAUUUUCCCUACCGUGAUUGCAAAACUGAUUUUGAGUUAUUAACAAAAGUCCUCGAAGACGAUCCUCCCCUCCUACCUCGAAAUCAAGAUUUUUCCCCCGAGUUCUGUUCCUUCGUGCGAGAUUGUCUAAUGAAAAACUACAGAGAUCGGCCAAAGUACAAAAAGCUUCUCCAACAUCCUUUCAUUUUGAAGUAUGAGGUAGAAUCUGUGGAUGUUGGAUCGUGGUAUCGAAGAAACGAACAUGAAUUCAAAAGUCAAGCAACUUAUGAUGCGCAACCAAACCGAAGUUUUUCGAAAAAUGCUAGUCGUAGUGUCAGCGGAUUGGAGACGCCAAAUGAAAGAAGUGUGUUCAAGCCUCAACCCAGCCCCCGGGUGGUUCGCUCUUGGAGGCCCUCGGCUGUCACACCAUCGGCUUCGGACCGUAAUGCAGAUGGUGUUUUCAAAUCUCAUCCCAAGGGACAAGAUCCUCAAUCAUUUUCUCAACCGGGACUUUAUGAAAAAGUGACGAGGCCGCAGGCAAGCCUGACUUCUCGGGGACCUUCGAUGGGGGGUGGUUUCAGUCACAUGAACUCUCAGUUGAGUGGUUCAAUAAACUAUGAAAGGCCAAGCCAAUCUUACCGAGAGUUUGCUGCCAGCACCAAUAUUGGACCCAGCCAAGGUCCUCAAGACUCGAGCGGGAUGGGGAUUGGCUCGGCCAGUCGCAAGUAUUUGAGAAACAUUCAAAACUCGGCCGAUUCGAAGCUCGAAUUUACAUACCCCAGCUCUGGUGCUGCCACAAGGUCAGAGAGGUCUCCCAAUUCAUCCCAUUUAUUUCACGAGUACCGCACUGGAAUUCAAAAUGUCGUAUCCUCCGAGCAACCCGUCGAACGGAAACAAACUAGAGGACCAGUUCCCGAACAAAGGCGUCCAACUACUACCUCACAAGUGCUAGAAAGUAAUUAUCAACCUGAACGACAGGGGAGGAGUUAUUUUCCGAAUUGGAGAUCUUUUAGUGGUUGGAAUUGGCAGUCGCCAAUAACACUCAGGCGGCAGCGUACCUCGAGUUCAGAUCGAUCAUCUGGAUCCAAUUUUGAUACCAGUAAACGAUUGUUGCCGGCUUACCGAAGUUGGAAUGAAAAAGAUGAAUAUUCCAAUAAUCUGCGUAGAUGAUGUAAAACUUGUUUAAUGAAAUGAAAACAUAAUUGACUACAGUC